AUGGCAAAAGAGUUAGAAACUUUGAGAAGCCAGAGAGAAGAUAAUGGCUUCAAAUCUACAGUGUCACCAGACACCCAUUUCGACUCGCCUGAGUCUGCCCUCGAGCAAUCCGGGACUGCUGUGGUGACCGACUUUGGCAUCAAAGAGCAAUACCAAUUGGAGGGCUUUGUGAUUGAUAAGAACACAGUCGCCGACAUAAUCAAAGUCUUUGCAGCAUUCUAUUACCCGCACUUUCCAGUGGUAAAUCCCAACUUCUCCAUUUCGACCAUGUACGAUACGGCACCACUCUUAUUUUGGACUCUCAUCGUAAUAGUCGCUUCCCGUGGACCUUUGCCCCAACAUAUUGCAUUGUUCGAACAGCUUAAAGAGCCAUACUUGGCCAAACUUCGUCUCGAGAUCUUGGCUGCACCUGUCCCUUUACAGACUAUCCAGGCACUCAUCCACCUUAUUAUGUGGCCUUUGCCCUCGCCUCGCCAAUCACAUGACUGCUCCUGGCUGUACUGUGGUGUCGCGAUCAAUGCAGCACUCUACAUGGGGUUGCAUCACUCAAAACCACCACAGUCGUUAAGGAGUAUCGGCGUUCCUUCCGGCUCCCCGCGAGCCAGAGCUAGUACUUGGCUUGGGUGUUUCCUAGCCAGCACCUCAGUAGGGAUGCACAUUGGAGUUUCACCUCACAUAAACGAAACUACAGAGCUAGCGACGAUAGAAAACUUUGUCCGCACGUACCCGAUCCCACCAGAGUUUGCCUACCAAGUAAUGGUCCACCAUAUCAUGGCGAGAUUCACAACUAUAGUACUAGAGAACAGCCAAGAAACCGUAUCCCAGUCGCUCGUGAAGCUCAUCGACACAGAGUUGGACAGUCUCAAAUCGAGAUUCCCAACACCAUGGUCUCCGCGCAUAGAGAUGGCCGUGUUGGUUGCAAAACUGCACCUCUAUACCAUGACCAUCAUCCGCAUGCAAGACGUUACGUCGCGUGAGGUUCUCAUGAAAAACGGAUACUCUGUCGCUCUUCGCAUAGUGUAUCUCUCUGAUCAAGGCCUCUUCCACCGCUCCGAUGACUAUCCCGAUAUAACCGCGGCAUUCCUGCAGCAGACUUGCCCCAAGAACUAUUUUCGCGCCCUGAUGCUCGCUGCUGUGUUCUUGCUCAGAUUCUUCGCGCUGAACAUCAACGCCCCACCCGAAGAACAAGAGACAGCAAAGAACCACGUUGCAAUUGCGCAGCGAUUCUUAGCCGCCGGAGCACGCGAAGCAACCGAUGAAAAGGCGCGGGCAGCAUUAGUCAUUGAGGUUUUAAGUCGUCAACAGCCAAUGGACAUUGACAGCACGAAACUCAAGAUCGACGAUCGCAUGGGCGCAAGCAUUGUAUUCGACGCGAUAACUAGGGGUCAUGAGCUAAGGAACAUAAAAGCCGACGUGGAAGAACGGACGUCUCCACAAGAGAACGGAGACCUUCAGCAACACUCGAUUGCGGACAUGCCUCCUCCGCCAGCAGCACCGGAGUUUAACGAUUAUGCGCAGUUGACGCAAGCCGACAUGAGUGCUAUGAGCGACUUCGAUAUACCUCUCGACUUUAAUGCCCUGCCGCAGGAUCUUUGGGGGGAUUCUAUGUGGGGAAUGUUUGGCACUUUCGCACCGCCGUACUGA